AGUAUAUGCUGAACUUUCCACUGGGUUUAUAGUAUCCAACAGAACACAAUGUAUAUCUUUUUGGUAUAACAUGAAAAGUGUUGAUUCACAGGAUUCAAAACUUGAAUUAUACCAAAUAGAUGAAAAUGGUAGACGUACUCAACUGAAAGAAUAUGCUUAUAGUACAGAAGAAAGAUGGAUUCGAGAGACUGUUGAUCUGCCAGGUACUGGGCCUUACAGAAUUGUUUUUCGUGGAACAGUUGUUGAACGAUGGACUGAGCACAUUGGACUUGAUGAUAUUGAUAUAUUUCAAGGAAAUUGUAGUGAACAUGAAAUGAUCGUCUUUACAUUUGAGACAGAAGAUGGUUGGGCAAAUGAAGAUGGCCAGAUGGCAGACUGGAUACGGCAAAAUGGAAGUACAAAAACUGAAAUUCUUCUUCCAAAUGAAGUUCACACAAUUUUAUCAGGUAUUUUUUUUUAA